UUCAAACUUCUCACUGUAAUUCGACUCAAAACCAUGAGUUUGAAACAGAUAGUAUCAUCUCAACCAUGGCGUCCCGAAUGGUACUGUUCUUGGCUCUGCUACCAUUCUUUAUACACUUUCUCAAACCUCAACAAGCGAAAUCAGAUGAUGCACCCAUGCCUGCGUUUGCAUUCAGUUGGUUGAACGACAAUAACAAUUUCACGGCGGGGGACACUGCAACGAUCAAAGUGAGAGUUCUUGGGAAUUAUGAGGCUGGAAUGUAUGAGUUCCCUUUUAAGCCAAACAUCACUGUGAAUGAUAAGAUGGGGAAUAGCAGUUUUGUCACUGGGGUUUCUCUCCAUUUCGAAGAUGGCUGGACGAUUUGCUUUGUUCCUAUUAUGGUUGGCUUGUUCAAUGUCCUCAUCACCGAUGAGCAUUUCCAAGUCUUUGAUUCGUCAUUGCACUACUUAGUGAACCCAGGUCCAAUGUAUCCAUCAGGUGGAAUUGUGUCGUGGGGAGAUGGAUUCGACGAGUUUAUGGCUGGAACAAAGUCUGAAGUAUGGAUUCUUCCUAAAGAUGCAUAUGGAAACAAUGUGUCUUCAUCCUCUGAAGGAUCAAUGCUAUAUAACUUCACUGUGUUUGCUUCAAAAUCAAGAGGGAUUCCUGCAGAUUUGCUUAAUAUAACCCACAAAGGCUGGAAUCAGUAUGGCUAUCUCAUUGUCGAAUUCAUUCCUGCCACAGCUGGAAUCCUUCUACUUCAUGUACAGAUUGAAAACCAAACCCUGCGUGGAUCUCCUCUACCAUGCACAGUGAAUCCAGGAAAGAUGGAUGUCUACAGCUGUACAGUUGAAUGGAAUGUCGAAACAAAUUAUUUCCAAUUGUUUUCGGUGAUGGAAGGCUUCAUACACAGGCAUGAUCAGUUUGGGAAUUUAGUUUCAGCAUUACAUGAAUUUGAUAUUGAAGUUAUGGAGAAAGGGACUAAUCUGUCUAUGCCAGUGGCUGAUCUAUCCUUGAAAGAAAUGCAACCUGGUGUCCAGUCAUUCUCCUUCAGCUUAGACGAGCCUGGAAGCUUCGUGCUGCUGAUAUCAGAUCAAGAAAAGAACACCCUCAUAUCCGGCAUGCCCUAUGAUUUCACUGUAUACAUAGGUUACUGUGAUGGAACAAACAGCAUAGUCAAUGGAACAGGUCUAAACAAUUCUGUCGCAGGCGAAACUGUGAACUUCUCUGUGUUCCUGAAGGAUGCUUAUAUGUAUCCUUCGCCAGUUGAGUUGGAAAGGCUUCAAGUACGAAUUGUUGGAGAGUCCGAUUCCUUGAUUGUGCCUCCAAUCAUACGUAUAAAAGAUUCGAUGCGUUAUAGUCGAUCUUUCUCCGGAAGACCAAACCAUGGCGUGGCGCGUAACAUUGCUAGCGAGUUCGACAUCAUCUGUAAACCUGAGAAGAGUGGUGCAUACAAAAUCAGAGUUUUUUGUGGGAACAUUCCAUUGAACGGCGGCCAUCCAUUUCAGAAGGAAGUAAUUCCAGGAGCUGUGAAUGUGACCAUGUCCGGUGUUGUGAAGUUCGACCAGAAAGUUCCACAGCUAACAAAAACAAAAGUAGUCGUCAAGCUAGUGGAUUCUAAUCAUAAUCCUAUACUGCAAGAACAAUCCAAGCUGCAAUUACAGUUUCCUGCAACCAACCGAUCUCAUGUUUCCACUGAGGCAUUUUCUGAUAACAAUGACGGGACUUACACUGCAGCGUACAUAGGCAAAGAGAUCGGUGCGUAUGAAAUAUGCGCCGUUCACGAUGGAGAGCCGUUCAUGCCAUGUCCCAUUGGCGUGCGCGUGCACGAUGUGGAUUAUUUUCCUGAAGUGCGAAACGAUACAGUCUCAGUGUGGGAAGAUGAGUCAAUUGCUUUCACGGUUCUAGAAAAUGAUUGUUUUCCCGGUGUCAAUGCAAAGAUUGUUGAUUAUUCAAAACCAGGCCAUGGUUCCAUUCUACAAUAUGGCGACCUCUUUCAGUACACACCAUUUAAAGGGUUCUAUGGGAAUGAUUCUUUUUUAUACACAAUAGCUGAUGUGAACGAAAACCGCGCCACUGGCGCUGUCAAUCUGUUAGUCCUCUGCAGGCCGCCACAGUUUGUUUCAGUUCCAAGUAACUUGGAAGCCACAGAAGAUCUACUUAGUCCGAAAUUCGGAGGCUUCUCUGGAUUCAAAAUCAGCUACUCUGAUAUGAAUGAAAACAUCAGCAUUACCCUCGGUGUAAAAUCCGGGAAGGUGCUGCUAUCUCCUACACAGAUGCAAUUUUGGCAGCCUAAAUGGAAUCAACUGUUAGUGUACAAGGAUGUCGACAUGACUGGUGAACUAAAGCUUGUCGGCUGUCUUGACAUGAUCAAUUUUGCUCUUCAGGCCAUUCAGUACUUAGGAAAUGAAAAUUUCUAUGGCUCCGAUACACUCAGGAUUUCUGCCAUAAACCGGAAUGGAAGGAACGACGUACACAUUCCUAUAUUCGUCAACCCCAUCAACGAUCCUCCUGUGAUUAACAUCCCUCCAUUCAUUGUCCUAGACAACUUGAGUGAUGGAAUGCUUAUCUUUCAUAGUAAGGUGGACUUCAUUGCAGAUCCUGAUCUUCGAAAUUUCCCUGGCAACAGGUCUAGCUUUCGGAUUAUGUUCUCUGCUGAAGUUAGCAUUGGGCUCCUAUCGACAAUGCUUCCUGCAGAGCUCGAAAGAUCAACUGAAGUGAAGCUGAGGAGUGGUUAUCAAUGGCAGCCUCUGAAUACAUUUGUUACCAUCUCAAAACAUUUCACGGUGAAAGCAAAAGGCAUCAGAUUCUACGGCACGAUUGACAAUUGCAACGGUGUCAUGGAGCAACUAUCUUAUCAUGAAGGUGCGUACGGCGCUGUCUUGACGGUGAUUGUAAAUGAUCUGGGAAACCAUGGAUGCUACCCAAAUUGUGAGGAUAAAAUGUCUGUUUCGCUGUUUGCAGAGUCAACAAUGAAUAUCUUACAGUAUGCUCCGAUUAAUUCAUUGGCAGCUCAUACUUUAGGAUCAGUAAUCAUAAUCGAAUCGAUCAUGGUGUUUAUACUUGGCCUUCUACUUCUGUUUUUCAUUUGCAAAUGUUUAUUUGCUCUUGUCCAUGAAAAGAAGAAGAAGAAGAAAGCUAAGGAUGUCGAAUUGUCCAAGAUCAAACAAUAUGUGACUGAGGAUUCCCCUGGAGAAAGGAAGCCAUUGACGACUGGUUAUUGCCCGUUACCGUUAUUACAUAGAGGACAUCAAGUAAGCUCCAAAAGAUCAAUCCACAGCUCAACAAACGCAGAAACUGCUGCGUUGCCAUCAAUGCAAAAGAAGGGAUGA